UCGUGACGUAGCGCCGGGGAGAGUGCGGGGAGAGAGAGAGAGGAGAGAGAGAGAGCGGGGGGAGAGCAGCAGGCAGAGCGAGUGAGACGCGGGGCUGGGUGUGUGCGGCCCAGGGGCUCUGCUCUGCGCGACUGGACGACGGCGGAGAGAGACAAAGACGGAGGCGAGGAGAGGGACGCAGUGAGGGAGAGACGGGGAGACGAGGCCGCGGUGCUGGGUUGCAAGUCGCCUGGGAGACGCUUCCACAACAGCGGGCAACCCUCGCUCGAAGCCACCAGCGCCUGGGGAGAAGUGAGGAGUCGGGUGGCCCCCCGCCAUGAACCUGUCCAAGAUCGUGGAGAACGUGAAGAUGGGCCGCGAGUUUGCGCUCUUGGGUCUGUACGACGCUGCGCUCGUGUACUACCAAGGCGUCCUGCAGGAGAUCCAGCACUACAUCGGCUCGCUCAAGGAGCCGCUACGGCGACAGCGCUGGCAGGAGGUGAGGGCAGAAAUGGUGCAGGAGUACGAGCAGGUGAAGGAUAUCGUCAAGACUCUCGCCAGCUUCAAGAUCGACAGCUUCCCGCUGCAGGUUUAUGAGGAGCCCACCCGAGACCCUGACGUGUGGCCGGCCCCAACACCCGCCGAGAACAGGCAUUCUCCUGCCAUCUUCAGGCCAGUAGAUGCAGGGAAAGGCAAGAGGGAAGUGAAGCUGGGUCGGAGGGAGCAGCAGGCAGCCGCCGCCGCCGCUGGCAGGGUGAAGCCCUCCCAGCCGUCGGCUCGGAGCGAGAAGCCGCGGAUUUCUGUUCCCUCUGCCAAGGACAGGGAGGGGCGGGCACGUGGCCGUGACGCUGACAAGGGCAAGCGAGGAGUUCAAGAGCCGCUGUCGGAAGAAGGGAAGAAGUUUGACGGAACAGGCUACGACAAGGAUCUUGUGGACGCUCUGGAAAGGGACAUCGUCUCCCGCAACCCCAACGUCCGCUGGGACGACAUUGCAGACCUUGACGUGGCCAAGAAGCUGCUGGAGGAAGCCGUGGUGCUGCCGAUGCUCAUUCCGGAUUUCUUCAAAGGCAUCCGCCGACCAUGGAAGGGUGUGCUCAUGGUCGGCCCUCCAGGCACAGGCAAGACCAUGUUGGCCAAGGCUGUGGCCACGGAGUGUGGAACAACCUUCUUCAACAUCUCCUCGUCCACGCUCACGUCCAAGUACCGCGGCGAAUCCGAGAAGCUCGUCCGUCUGCUCUUCGAAAUGGCGAGGUUUUACGCCCCGACCACCAUAUUCAUUGACGAGAUCGACUCGAUCUGCAGCCGCCGCGGCACCUCGGACGAGCACGAGGCGAGCCGCAGGGUCAAGUCCGAGCUUCUCAUCCAGAUGGACGGUGUCGGGGGUGCCUUGGAAAACGAUGACCCAACCAAGAUGGUGAUGGUCCUGGCCGCAACCAACUUCCCCUGGGACAUCGACGAGGCCUUGAGACGCCGCCUGGAGAAGCGCAUCUACAUCCCGCUCCCAUCGGACUCGGGUCGCGAGGAGCUGCUCAAGAUCAACCUACGUGAAGUGGAGGUGUCAGCCGACGUGGACAUGAAGAAGAUCGCGGAGCAGCUCAAUGGCUACUCGGGCGCCGACAUCACCAACGUGUGCCGGGACGCGUCAAUGAUGGCCAUGAGACGCAGGAUUCAGGGUCUCAGCCCAGAGGAGAUUCGCAAUCUCUCCAGGGAGGAGCUGCAGAUGCCCACCACGAUGGAGGACUUUGAGUCUGCCAUCCAUAAGGUCUCCAAGUCGGUCUCCGCUGCCGACCUGGAGAAGUACAUCCAGUGGAUGGCAGAGUUCGGUUCCACUUAGCCACGCUGCAAACUCUUCAGCUGGAGAGGAAGUUUACAGGAGACCAAAUCAGGGCAAACUGAAACCCUCUUCUCUCCUCCCACAGUCCAACAACUAGUGUAACGAGAAGUGUGUGUGUGUCUCCGUCUGAUGUGAAAUCCCGUGGCGAAAGAUUUAACCGCACAUCUUCACCCGGUGGGCGAUAAUAUUUUAACAACAAUAGGUUGAGUUUGAAUCCAAUCUUUUUGCCGCACUUACGACUAAAGUAGGGUCAAGCAUAACUCCGUCUUCUUGUGCAUCUGAGCGAAUCAAAUAGUGUGUUAUUUACCUCUUUCAAGUUAAGUGUGGUGGAGAAAUCAAACGCCGUAUUGCUGCUGUACGGUGGCACAGAGUGGUGGCAGUGCGGUGGUGACCCGGGCGCCUUUUCUCUGUGUGGAGUUUGUACGUUCUUCCCCUGUUCCGCGUGGCUGGUAUUGGACCAACAUCCCACGUACCUGCAAAUUACUCAAUUAGGAUUAGACAAAGCAACAUUACCCCUGACUGUGAACACUUGGCACGACCCGCCUGAUAAUAGCCUUGAGACUCAGCGAGGCUUCCCCGUAAAAACGAGUGUAGCAGUAGUAAUCGUAAUGAGUGGAGUGCGGAGCUCCUCUCUGCGUAUCGCGUGUUUGCGCUCUCCGUGCUUUAUUUAAAAUCCAGCUGUUGGCACGAGGGUUUAACCAUUGACGUGGCUCAGGGUUCAAUGGUAAGUUGUGAUGUAAUUUUUCCAUUCGGAACACCCACCCGCACGCAUCCGUGAGGUCGUGUGACGCUGUUGUAUCGCUGUGUGCGCCGUCAUGCGCACGGUGUGCCGCGCCGUUACGGAUCUGUACAUUUGAGCCCGGCGAGGUUUGCUUGUGAAAUGAACGAUGCAAUUAAAAUAAAGAUGCUAAUGAUGACUAA